CCAUACACAGAAUGUCUUGAAGAAACACGACGUGAAACCUAACGCGUGUAUAGUGACUUGUACACUUUGAUCUUUUCUUCAUUUUGAUCUUUCUUACAUACACAUAUAUAUAUAAAUACAUCCAUAUGUUCAUCAUCCUAAUGUCAAAAGGAAGAUAAAAUAAAAAAACGAAAGAAGGACGAACAUGUGAUACUUCGAAACAUUAUAUCCCUUCUGUGCAAAGUGUCAACUCAAGAAAUGCUGCUGGUCCCUUUGGUACUGGGCUUAGCCCUGCCUAUCAUAGGCGAAUAUAUUCCACCUGGGCCAAGAUUUACGUGUCCCAAAGUACCCACUGAUAUUUAUCCUUGUACUUGUGUUCGUGGAAGUGACAGAGGACUUUACAUUCAUUGUGAAAAUACUAAUUUAGCCAGCUUGAGUUUGGCUUUUGCUAAUUUGGGGAACGAGGGUAUGCCUAUCGAAGAAUUGGUUCUGUAUAAAUGCAAUAUCGGACGUUUCUAUGGGCCAGCUCUUUAUCCAUUGGAUGUAAGAGUCCUAAAGUUUAUUGACACACCUUUGAAAUUAAUCGAGGAACACAGUUUUCUUGGUGUUAACAGAACUCUUCAAGAACUUUAUCUGAUAAAUAGUCGAUUGGAAAAGUUCCCACGAGAAGCAUUGCAAAUUCUGGGUAAUCUAAGUAUUUUAAGUAUUGCUGGACAUCGUAUCGUUAUUUUACCAGGGAAUAGUUUUGCCGACAGUGCCGCAGCUGCUAAAUUAGAAAAAUUAGAAAUCAGUAACGGAACUAUAUCCUCCUUACCAGUCGAAGCAUUACAACCUUUGAAAAAAAUGAAAACGUUGGAUCUUCAUGACAAUAAAAUCAAAGAUUUAAAAAGAAAUCAAUUUAAAGGACUCAGAGAUACUGAAUUUCUCGAUUUGUCUUACAAUUUGAUCGACAAAUUGGACGGGUCUCAUCUUGCCGAUCUUACCAAAUUGGGAUGGUGUAAUUUUUCUCACAAUGCUAUCUCAGACUUGAAGAGGGGAACAUUUGCAAGAAAUUCUGUCUUGAAGGUUCUUAAUUUAAGUCACAAUAAGAUUAGGAAACUCGAUUCAAAUACAUUCCGUGGCAUGCGCUUCCUAAGACGUUUGUUUUUAAGUAACAAUCAGAUUAACGAAGUAGGCCGUGGUACUUUCGGUUCGAUUACCAGAAUCGGUACCAUCGAUUUGUCGCGAAAUUUCAUCAAGAAGAUCGAUUAUCAGAUGUUCCAUCAGCUACAAUUUGCCGAGCUCAUAGACGUCUCUGAGAAUUUCGUGACAACUAUAGAGAAAUUAGCAUUUAAGGAUCUCUUCCUUGCGAAAGUGAAUCUAUCGCAUAAUGAAAUUGCAACGAUAGAGCCUGGAGCAUUUGAGAACUGCGCCAAUAUCACUUCACUCGAUCUAAGUCACAACAAACUAGAGAAUAUUUCGAAAUAUUCCUUCGAUAGUUCAACGUACGCUACCGAACUGCUACUCAGCUACAAUCUGUUCACCUCGUUGGGUCAGGUACCAUUGCACAACAUGACUGGACUAAAAGUUCUCAACGUAUCUCAUAAUGUGAUACAUUCGGUACCACGUCAAACAUUUCCGAAGCUUUACGAGCUUCACACCAUUGAUUUGUCUUACAAUAAUCUCUCAGAUAUACAUAAUGGAGUUUUUCAAACGCUCUUCAGCUUACGAUUUUUAAACCUUGCUCACAAUUCUUUGGAAAAGAUAAAACCAUCAACGUUCGGUCCAUUACCGACGCUACUCGAAUUGGAUAUGAGCUACAAUCAACUCAACGAUAUAGCACGUGGUAGUUUAACCAGAUUAGCCAGUUGCAGAACCAUAACCGUGAAGAGUAAUCGACUGAACAAAAUAUUCCAAUUGCCAAACUCGUUGGGCCACUUGGACUUUUCAGAAAAUUUGCUAGAAGAAAUACCAACGUUAGAAGUAUGGCCUACGAUGAACGCUCUCCUUUCUUUGGAUCUUUCGAGGAAUCGACUAGGCGAUAAUCUUCGCCAUGGGAGCUUCGAAAACCUGUUGACCUUGAGGACCUUGAAUCUGCAAGCGAAUAAUAUAUCUGUACCACCGUGGGAAGCCUUAAGUACUUUGAGCAGUUUGCAAUAUCUCUACUUGCAGGACAACCAUUUAACACAACUCGGCAAAGCAGCAUUUGGUCGUCUACCGAUCGUUUUCGAAUUGAAUCUUGCCAAUAAUCACAUUUACAAUAUAAGUAAUCGUGCUUUUGAAGGUUUACUGCAAUUAUUGACAUUAAAUUUAACAAACAAUAAUAUCAGUUACAUACCAAACGGGGCGUUCCAAGGUUUAGUUUCUUUAAGAACGCUCGAUCUAUCCUAUAACAAAUUAGAAAGAUUGGAUAAUAAAACUCACGGAUUGUUAGAUGAUUGCCUUUCAUUAGAACGAGUCAAUCUUAGUCAUAAUAAAAUUUCUUUCAUCACGAGAAAAAUGUUACCUAAUGAUCCUUGGAUUCCAUACAGAUUGAAAGAAGUGGACCUUUCAUACAAUACAAUGCCCGUAGUAACGUUCGAAUUAACAAUCGGUGGAAAAAAGCUUCAAUAUUUAAAUCUAAGUCAUAACAAUAUCAAUGAAAUUCGGCGUUAUGUCAUCGGUAAUCUUACAGCUUUGCAGUCAUUGGAUUUAUCUUACAAUGACAUCAGUGAUAUUUCAGAACCAAAAGUUUUUGAACCACCAAAUAAUUUAACUUAUUUGUAUCUAAGUCACAAUCACCUAACUUAUUUGCCAAUGUAUAAAAUCGUACCGAUGCCAAAUUUAAUGCUUUUAGAUUUAGAAAUGAAUAAAAUUAGCGUCUUCGAUGAGAGUUACAUGAAGAUUAUUCAAAAUGGCACGAGAAUUCGAUAUUUCGGAAAUUCAUUGAAUUGCGAUUGUUACGUUCGACCACUGAAGAGAUGGUUGAACACAUUCAGUGAAAUACCUGCAGAAUGGUCUAACGUAACAUGUAAAAGUCCAAGUUUCCUUUCAGAGAAACUUCUUUCUGAAAUCACAGAAGAUCUAAUGGGAUGUAGUACUAGGGACAUAUAUGAGAAUGAACAAUUGGAUAUCAAUCCUGAUGUGAAGUAUAGAAAUAUCGAAUACGAUAAAGAAGAUAAGAGUUGGAAGGCUACGUGGUACGUGACAUCGCGAGAAGACAUCGGCGACUUUUAUGUAGUUGUACGAGAGACGGGAAGUAGCAAGUCAACGAUCGAAAAGGACCUCGUUUACAAUGCCAGAUCGUAUAAGAUUCAAGAUCUACCUGGAUCAAGAACCAAGUACGAGCUUUGCGUACUGGCAAGAGACUCCGAAGGAAACGUUAAACAUUUUAGAGAAUCGCAAUGUCGGAUUCUGAACGAACAGACUUACGGGAGUUCAACCAAUCUAAGAAGCAGUUUCUCUCUAAUCGCGAUCGUUCUAUCUUUUCGUAUAAUAAUCCUUUGAGACUCCUUUAAAGUUAACUUAUCGAUAUCCAAAUUUAAUGAUAAUACUAAAGAAAAUGAUCUACGUUCGCAUGCACGUACUUACAUAUCUACGUAUGUAACGCUUUUGACUGGCAUUGUCAUUAAAAAUGUAAAUUAAAAAGAUAGAAAAAUUCGUAGCUUAAGUUGAACGUACGCGUAGGUUAUAUAGAUAAAUAUCUUAUAUCGUAUAAAUGUGAAUAAUAUUGCCAAGUGCAGAAUUGUAUAUAUGAAGCAUCCUGUACGAAUGGAAGGACGUUGAAC